AUGCUGCGCGUCUGCACGCGAACGUGGACGCGCGACAGCCAUGAUCUGUUCGACUACGAGACACAGGACCCGAAGCAGCUAGCGGAGCGCCACUUCGCUGCAUCCAACAGCUUCCGACUUCUGCGUACUGAGUCCACGGUCUCGCCAGUGACUGCGCUGUCCCAGACAGAUGCGACCAACGGCGAGCGAGAGCGCGACCAUCUGCUCAGCGUCUUCUGCCGUCGCCCCGGUGAGUACACAUUGGCCCCUGCGGAACGAGUGCCGGGGCAAUCGCUCAUCCCACAGCGCCUGUGGCUGGUAGUGCGCGCGUUGCCGAACAAGAGGUAUGCAUUGCAAGAGCACGACGUCAUCAAGCUGGGUCGCUAUCGUCUGCGCGUCAAGAAGAUCGUGCCCAAGAAUGCGUUGGCAGGGUUCGACGUGUCCACCCUGCUGGACUUCCCCGUGCCGGAGCUGGAGCUGCCUGUGCCCGAUGGCAGCAUGAUGCAGUGCCGUAUCUGUCUGUCGGAGAGCACGGACGACGACAAGUUGCUAUGCCCGUGUGAGUGCAAGGGUUCCAUCAAGUACGUCCACGCGGAGUGCAUGCGCCGAUGGAUACACCUCCGUGCCAUGAAGGACAGCAAGGAGAGUGAUCAACCGCUAAAAGCCGCGCUGUUGUGUGAGUCCACUUGUGAAUUGUGCAAGGCUCGUCUUCCCCCAUUUGUUCGUGUCAAGGGCGAGCUCAUUCCUCUGGUGAUGAUGCCGAACAUGUCGUGCCCCUUCAUACUUCUCGAAAACGUGACGCCGCACGCCAACAAGGGCAUGCAUUUCAUCAGCGUUCAAGAUUCCGACUUCGUUCGCCUCGGCCGCGGCCACGACGCCUCGGUGCGCAUCGCGGACGUCUCGAUAUCGCGCAACCAUGCGACCAUCCUGUACGAGAAUGACACCUUUUACCUCGAGGACCACGACUCCAAGUUCGGGACCUUGGUGGCUCUGCGUCGCCCUACGCCGAUCACGGCGUCGGAGACCGUGGCCGUCCAGGUUGGCCGCAGCCUGAUCGAGUUGACGGUGGACCCCACCAUCAAGUUCGCGGCCGGCUGCGUCGACAUCCCGCCUGUGCUGGGCAGCUUCAACUUCUGCAACAUGAUGAGCCUACCAGUCGUCAUGAGCGAGUCCGCCACCCCUGUGGUCUCGAUGAUGGAAACAACUCCCGUCGGGUCCACGCCGCAGAACACGGACGAGUCCAUGGGCACCACGGGCGACGUGUACAGCCAGGAGUUUAUGAUGCACUUCGGAGGCAGCAGCCCCAUGAGCAGAGAGGGCGGCGAGUCGGUACACACCUUAUCGUCAGGUCGUCGCAGCAGCCCCGUCUUCCUUCCCGAGACGAACCAGGAGAUGCCGUCGGAGGAGGCAUCCACUCUGCAGAGCUCGUUUGACCUCGAUUCCUUGUUCGGAAGGCAGCAGUGGGACUCCAUGUACGGGGAGGACACCAAUUCGCACAUGAUGUACGGCUCGCACGUCGAGGAGCCGUGUCCCGGGUCGACCAACGACGGCAUCGCCUACCUACGGCUCAUCCUGAACACCCCCUCGAGGAACCACAUUCUGCGCAACUUGCGCUACCACAAUCGGACGAACCCACAAAAUCGCAUCAUCCAACAGACGGAAGCGCCGUGCUUCCCGUCGCAGAACCAGGGCGUGGGUUUCCCGGUGACCCAGAUGGAGGAACCCAGCGCCAACGCGUGCUUCCUGCCGGACAACGCCUUCAUGAACCUGGACGGUGCGCGUGAGGCCUCUGGGAGCGACACCAGCACCAGCGCAUUGGACGGCAACCACUCGAACUCCUCCCAGGUCACGGAGAACGUGCACAACGUGGCGCAGUGGAUGCCACUUGGGCCCGGGUCCGGCGCCCAGAUGCAUCAGCCAAAAUGA